CCGGCAUUUAGCUCAUGCGCGGCGGCGGUACCGCCCUUUCGGCCUGAGCGGCAGCGGCAUCUCUUUCCCGGCGGCUCCGGCGCGGCGUGAAUAUGGCGGACCAGGCCAUCUCCUUCCUCAAGGACUUUCUGGCGGGCGGCGUUGCCGCCGCUAUCAGCAAGACGGCGGUGGCGCCCAUCGAGCGGGUCAAGCUCUUGCUUCAGGUACAACAUGCAAGUAAACAAAUUGCCGCUGAUAAGCAGUACAAGGGUAUCAUCGAUUGUGUAGUGCGUAUUCCAAAGGAACAAGGAGUGCUGUCUUUCUGGCGAGGAAACUUGGCAAAUGUCAUCAGAUACUUCCCAACUCAAGCUCUCAACUUUGCCUUCAAGGAUAAGUAUAAGCAGGUGUUCUUGGGAGGUGUAGACAAGCACACUCAAUUCUGGAGGUAUUUUGCUGGUAACCUGGCUUCUGGUGGUGCAGCUGGAGCCACUUCCCUCUGCUUUGUCUACCCCUUGGAUUUUGCAAGAACCCGUUUGGCUGCUGAUGUUGGAAAAGCUGGUGCAGACAGAGAAUUCUCUGGUCUAGGGGACUGUCUAGUCAAAAUUACCAAGUCUGAUGGUCUGCGUGGCUUGUAUCAAGGGUUCAAUGUCUCUGUCCAAGGCAUCAUCAUCUAUAGAGCUGCCUACUUUGGGAUCUAUGAUACAGCAAAAGGCAUGCUCCCAGAUCCCAGAAAUACUCACAUUGUUAUCAGUUGGAUGAUUGCCCAGACAGUGACUGCUGUGGCUGGCGUGGUCUCCUAUCCUUUUGAUACAGUGCGGCGUAGAAUGAUGAUGCAGUCAGGACGCAAAGGAGCUGAUAUCAUGUACUCUGGAACAAUUGACUGCUGGCGGAAGAUUGCACGGGAUGAGGGAGGAAAGGCGUUCUUCAAGGGUGCAUGGUCUAAUGUUCUCAGAGGCAUGGGGGGUGCUUUUGUGCUUGUGCUGUAUGAUGAAUUCAAGAAAGUUAUUUAAACAGCCUAACUAGAAUUGGAAAUCAAGUUGAGCAGAUCAUGUAGAAUAACUACCAUUAUGGACCAUUGACCUUCAAGAAAUUCCUGUGAGUCUUAUUUAUCGGAGCCAGAUGAUAUUUGUAGAUGGGGCUAGAAACUGACAUAGAGGACUGAUCCAUUUCUUGAUAACAUGCAUGAAGACACUGAAUCUGGCAAUUCAGUGUGGUGAUUUCUUUUUUUUUUUUUUUUUUAGUGAUGAGGAAUUGGUGGCGUUGGUUCUGGGUCCAAAGCGGCUGGGUCCAAUUUAGGCAGAAAAAAUUAUUUGCCUGUGGAUCAGUCCCCGGUUUCAAGUCCUAUCUUGUUAGGACCAUUAAAUUGUAUUUGAAAGUACUUGCUAACAAAUCAUGUUCUUUUCCACUUGUACUGAAGCACUAUGUACCAUUUUGCACAGCUGAACAUCUAGCAAUUUUGUUCUUAAAUUGGGGCAUUCUGCUGUAAAACAAUAAACAUACUUACUCUUUCUGUGUUGAAAUUAUUACAUAAAA